CCUUUUGGUUUCCGGUAACCUCACUUCACAGGAACUCUUCCACUCCUCACCCCGAUGGCAGCAGCGGACCUACUCUACGAAGAGGACCUAUUCUGUCCCCAGUGCUCUGAGAUUUAUUGUGUUCCUGUUCGGUUGAAAUGUGGCCACAAUAUUUGCAGAGUUUGUUUACACAAAUUCUGGGAAUGGAAGGGAUGUCGAGAAUGCCCGGUGUGUCGCACUGUGUGUGUCCCUGGGAGGCCUCCUGUCAAUCUGGCUCUAAAGAUAGCUGCAGAUGAAUAUCAGCUGCGACGGAGCAGCGGGGACCAAGACGUCUGUUGUUUUCACAAUGAGAAGUUCACACUGUUCUGUCAGAACGACGAGGAGCCCGUGUGUAUCAUCUGCCAGAUGUCCAGAGAGCAUAAAGUUCACGAGUGCGGCCCACUGGAGGAGGCUGCUAAGGAGAAAAAGACAGAAAUCUCUACCAUGCUGGAGUCCGUCAGGAAAAAGCUCAAAACCCUGAACAAGACAGAGGAGCAGUGGAGAGAGACUAAAUCCUAUAUACAGACCCAAGCUCUUCAAAACGAGAAGGUGAUAAAGGAGGAGUUUCAGAAGCUGCACCAGUUCCUCUGGGAGGAGGAGAAGAAGCGGCUGAAGCUGCUCAAACAGGAAGAGGAAGUCAGGACCCAGGUGAUGUGGGAAAAGCUGGAAAACAUCAGGGACCAGAUCAGAGGCGUCGCGUCCAUCAUCAGUGACAUCGAGGGAGCUCUCAGAGGGGAGGAUCUCAAAUUUCUGAAGGAUUACAAGAAGACAAAGAAAAGGGUCCAAUGCAACAUCCGAGAGCCGGAGUGUAUCAGAGACAUACUGAUAAACUCUGCCAAGCACCUGGGCUCGCUCAAGUUCGCUGUUUAUAAGAGCAUGGCCAAGCUAGUUGAAUACGUUCCCAUCACCCUGGACCCCAACACAGCCCACUCCAACUUAGAGUUGUCUGAAGAGCUGACCUGUGUGCAGUACAGCCGGAGGCAGCUCCUCCCCGACAACCCCGAGCGCUGCACCAGCCGCCUGUGUGUGCUCGGAGCCGCCGGCCUCGCGUCCGGAAAGCACUCCUGGACCGUGCAGGUGGGCCAGAGCAAAGAGUGGUACAUCGGAGUGGUCCGAGAGUCCGUCCAGAGGAAGAGCACCGUCUUCCUCAACCCCGCCGAGGGCUUCUGGGUGAUCGGCCUGUGCAACGGAAACGGGUUCUGGGCUCAGACCUCGCCUCCCACCAAGCUGGUGCUGAAGCAGAGGCCCGAGAGGAUCACUGUGGUGCUGGACUGCGACAAAGGAAAGGUGGUGUUCAUCAACGCUGCCGAUUUGACGACGAUACACACGUUCAAAGACAGAUUCACAGAGAAGAUUUUCCCCUACGUCUCCACAGGACUGUAUGAUGAGGGCAAAAUCUGCAGCCGUUUGACCAUCUGUCCUCUGACCAUAACUCUGAAUGUAGAAUAGACUCAUCCAGGAGACACGUCUCUGUACAAGCAAUGAGGACACUUUGUUUCCCCUUAGGAGUUUACAGCUUUAAUAUCUGACAAACAAGGUACAAACAAAUCCAUGAUUCACACACGAAAUCCAGCAGCAAACUGAAAGACACCAUAUCGUAUCCAAUGUAGGUGAGUGGUAUGUAUGGAUCAUUUAUAACACAAGAUUCUUUCAAAUAUUUGAGAUCUUGAAUUAGAGUUUUAAUUCUGUGACAUUAACUUUCCUUUUCUUUGGUUUUUGUUUUCCUGUCUGAUGCCAUAUCUUUCAGUUUAGAAUCCAGCUUUCUAUGCAGAUAAGCUUUUUUAUUAGGGUCCAUGGAUUUGUCUUUCUUCCCGCUGCCAGCAUACAGUACGCCCUCUCUGCUUAUUCUCAUCCGAGCAUGAGCCUUGGCUUUGUCUCCGCAUCCGUGAACCUGAAAAUAAGGGUUUACAACGCGGUGAUUAAAUUUGUGGAGAAAACACAGAACGUCUACAUUUUGUAGUAUUAAAAACUGUCGUCAACGUGGUGAAAUAUUAGUAUCUUGUGAAUCUGGUUUUACAGAAAAAAAAAAUUCAGAAAAGAUUAACGUCAUAUGUAAAUAAUUAGGUUUUUCCUGAUUAAAGUAGUAAAACGUU